UCAGCUGACAGGCAGCAUCCGUCACAACACCGCGCUGCUCGCUGACAGCUAGCUAGCAGCUAUUAGCAGCUAUUAGCCGGGGCUCUGCGGGUAUGUUUCCCGGAGUCUGGACCGUAGACGGAGGUUUGUGUACUACCGACUCAUGGCGGCCGAAAUACUGCCCCAACCGCAGGCUCGGAAGCCGUGUCUGCUGAGCAAAAUCGAGGCUUUCCAAGAUGUGGUUAGCACGGCGGUCAUCAUUCCCAAAGAAGACGGCGUUAUCAGCGUGUCGGAGGACAGGACGAUCCGGGUAUGGCUGAAGAGAGACAGCGGGCAGUACUGGCCCAGUGUCUACCACACAAUGACCACGUCGUGCUCCUGCAUGUCCUUUAACCCAGAGACCAGGAGGCUGUCAUUGGGCACGGACACCGGCAGUAUCCAAGAGUUCAUCCUGUCAGAAGACUACAAUAAGAUGACCCCAGCAAGCACUUACCAGGCCCAUCAGGGCAGAGUCUCAGUGGUGCUGUUUGUGUUGGAGAUGGAGUGGCUCCUGAGCACCGGCCAGGAUAAAAACUUCAACUGGCACUGCUCUGAGAGCGGCCAGCAGCUGGGGACGUACCGGACCGCCGCCUGGGUGUCAGGACUCCAGUUUGAUGUGGAGACCAGACACGCCUUCGUGGGAGAUCAGUCCGGUCAGGUGACCAUCCUGAAGCUGGAGCAGGACAGCUGCAGCCUGGUCACCACCUUCAAGGGACACACAGGUAAUGUGACGGCGCUGUGUUGGGACCCGGUCCAGAGGGUGCUGUUCUCCGGCAGCUCAGACCACUCCAUCAUUAUGUGGGACAUUGGGGGCCGCAAAGGCACCGCCAUCGAGCUGCAAGGACACAAUGACAAGGUUCAGGGCUUGUGCUAUGCCUCACACACUCGUCAGCUCAUCUCCUGCAGCUCAGACGGAGGCAUUGUCAUCUGGAACAUGGACGUGACACGACAAGAGACCCCAGAGUGGCUGGACAGCGACUCGUGUCAGAAGUGUGAGCAGCCUUUCUUCUGGAACUUCAAACAGAUGUGGGACAGUAAGAAGAUCGGCCUGCGACAGGUGCUGUCCAAUCACAUUACUUUACAAAAGCUUUUAUAUUUAUAAAUCCUCAGUCACAAA